AUGUCUCUCACUAAGCACAUCCAGAUGUGCCUGCUUGGCAGCCCGCUGCACAGACGGCACCGAGGGGACGCAGGAUCAGCGCUAUCAAAUGGGCUAUGGGCAGUGGUGCCAGGCAGCUCAAACACAGAUUUUAGCAGUCCCAGGAACAGUGGAGAGACAAUGAGAGUUCGCCUCAAAGGGGAUGUGAUCUGUACCCUCCUCCUGCUGGUGGCACUUUGUUCUUUGCUCUACUCCCAGCUGGAACAUUUGGUCCCGGCAGGAAAGAAGGAGCCAGCACAGAACAAACCUCGAGUGGCACCAAAAAUCUUCUCUGAUCCCAGAGCACCUCGGAGGCUGAUGCCAGCAGAGGCAACUGCACCCAGACCCCAAGUUACCCCUGCCAUGAGACCAACAGAAGUGGCCAAAACCAGGGUCCAAACUACAACUCCACCCCCACUGACUGAUUCUGCCUUCAACUUCAAGCUCUAUCUCCUAAACAAGGAUAACAGGAACUUCAAUCUCCUCAUUAACCAGCCCAGGAAAUGCCGAAAGACACCGGGAGGUCCCUUCCUGCUCAUUGCUAUCAAAUCAGUGGUUGAAGACUUUGACAGGCGUGAGAUUGUCCGGAAAACGUGGGGCAGGGAGGGUUUGGUGAAUGGGGAGCAGAUCCAGCGAGUGUUCCUGCUGGGAACACCAAAGAAUAGGACAGUGCUGGCAACAUGGGAGACCCUGAUGCACCAGGAGAGUCAGACAUACCGGGACAUCUUACUCUGGGACUUCAUGGACACUUUCUUCAACCUGACCCUGAAGGAGAUCCAUUUCCUGAGCUGGGCUGCUGAGUUCUGCCACAACGUGAAAUUUAUUUUCAAAGGUGACGCUGAUGUUUUUGUCAACGUUGAGAACAUCGUUGAUUUCCUCAAGAGGCACGACCCCACUGAGGACCUCUUUGUUGGGGACAUCAUCUACAAUGCCCGUCCCAUCCGCGCCCGGAAGAGCAAGUACUACAUCCCAGAGAGCAUGUAUGGGCUGAGCAUCUACCCUGCCUAUGCUGGGGGAGGAGGCUUCCUGCUGUCCCGCUGCACCAUGAGGAAGCUCUCCAGGGCGUGCAGAGAAGUGGAGCUGUUCCCCAUCGAUGAUGUCUUUUUGGGCAUGUGCUUACAGAGAAUCAACCUCAAACCCAUUUUGCAUGAAGGGUUCAAGACCUUUGGCAUUGUUAAGCCUUCUGCUGCCCCACACCUACAGACCUUUGAUCCCUGUUUUUACAAAGAUCUCAUGGUGGUUCAUAGCCUGAAGGUUGCUGAGAUCUGGCUGAUGUGGAACCUGCUCCACAGCCCACGGCUUUCCUGUACUCAGAAGAAGCAGGUGAAGAAGCCUUUCCAAUGGAAGAAGAAAGCUCAGAUAACAACACCAGCAUCACCCCUCAGAUAAUGCAGGAAGAGUGCAGCACACACAGC